GUAGAAUACAUGAAUAACAAAAUGAGGAAUGUGUGUUGGUACUGUGUCUGUGUAGCACGUUCUCAUUUUUAGUACAGAAAGUUGAUUGGCUGCAAAUCUCGCUUUCUAUGGUGGAGAAACACUCUAGCUAGUACACAAACAAAAGCCAGAAAUGGCGGCAAAUGCAGCAGCACCGCUGAUACAGAAACGAGAUUACUACGAGACCUGCGCGGCCUGCCAGAUUGAACACAUGAAAGAUUCUGAUGCAGGAAUUCCAUUCAAGCUUUUGAUUUUGGUCUGGGUCAUCACUCUCGCCGCAGCUCUGCCAAUAUCUUCUCUUUUCCCUUUCCUAUAUUUUAUGGUAAGAGAUCUCCAUAUUGCAGACAAGGAGGAAGACAUAAGUUACUAUGCUGGAUAUGUCGGAUCGUCAUUCAUGCUUGGGAGAGCUUUGACUUCUCUUCUCUGGGGGCUUGUAGCUGAUAAAUAUGGUCGGAAACCAGUCAUAGUGUUUGGCACAUUUAUAGUGGUUAUAUUCAACACACUUUUUGGUGUUAGUGUAAACUUUUGGAUGGCCAUUAUUACAAGGUUCCUUCUUGGAAGUUUAUGUGGAACGCUGGGUCCUUUAAGGGCAUAUGCUUCUGAAAUUUGUCGUAAAGAGCACCAAGCUUUGGGGAUGUCAGUCAUUAGCACAUCCUGGGGCAUAGGCUUGGUCAUCGGCCCUGCUGUCGGAGGUUUUCUUGCACAGCCUGCAGAAAAAUAUCCACAAAUCUUUUCCCAAAAAUCCAUAUUUGGAAGGUUUCCAUACUUUUUACCUUGUCUUGUGAUCUCAGCCUUUUCUUUGGUGGCGUCUAUCCUCUGCCUCUGGCUUCCCGAAACUAUUCAUGCCCAUAAUAAAGAAAACAUAGCCCAGAAAGCUGCAAUGGAAGAAGACGACAUUUAUGAGUCCUUCGAGUCAUGUAAAGUAGAAGUUUACGAGCCAAAACCCACAGUCUCUCAGAAAAGCCUCCUAAGAGAUUGGCCCUUGAUGUCUGCUAUUAUGGUGUACUGCAUUUUCCAGCUUCAUGAUAUGGCCUAUAGUGAGAUAUUCUCUUUGUGGGCCGUCAGCUCAACGAGGCUCGGGGGAUUGCAUUUUGACUCCGCAGAUGUUGGUGGAGUUCUUUCCAUAACAGGGGUUGGUAUGCUCAUCUUUCAGCUCUCUGUAUAUACCUGGAUCGAGAGGAUACUUGGACCCGUCAUGGUCUCUCGCAUAGGAGCUGUCAUUACUAUACCAUUGCUAACAACCUACCCCUUUUUAGCCAAUUUAUCGGGUUUCAUUCUCUUAUUGCUUCUUAAUUGUGCUUCGAUGCUGAAGAACAUACUCGCAAUUUCCAUCACGACGGGCAUGUUAGUUCUUCAAAAUAGAGCUGUGACGAAAGAGCGAAGAGGAGCUGCAAAUGGCAUAUCCAUGACAGCCAUGUCUCUAUGUAAAGCAAUCGGCCCUGCAGCCGGAGGCUCCCUACUCUCCUACGCUCAAGGCCGUCUGGAUGCACACUUCUUACCAGGUGUUCACCUAGUUUUCUUCAUGUUAAACUUGGUCGAGUUUGUCGGUCUCGUUAUGACCUUCCGUCCGUUUCUCGUCGUGCCCGACGACGGACUUUCAAGUUCGGCCAGUGACCGUGAAAGUCUCUUGAGCUGACCGGGACAGCAUCGUCUUCAAUGGAGUAGUUUAUCUGUUCUAAAAUUGUAUCUGAGCUUAAUGGAAUAAUCAUAAUCUUACUGUGAAUAGAAAAGCUGUAACGGUAUAAAUAGUUUUUGGCAGGUUCGUAUGUUUUUUAACAUAAUUUGCAACGAUAUAAAAGCAAUAAAUUUUUUAAA